AAGCUCCACGCGGUGUAUCCGCAUCUUGUGCAGUACCAUGAGUUAAAGGGGAUUGCUUCUCUCACAGACUUCGUUCGGUCAGAUACAGCGACGUUUUCCUUGCUCGGGACUACGAAAAGCAUCAACACGACCGACAAAGCGUGCCUUGUACAAGCAGUUCAACAAUACAUCAGGGCUGCGAAGCAGUCAGGUAGCGCCAGUUCCGGGUCUGCGAGCAGGAGCAAUGUACACUCCAGCAGUGCUCCUUUGAACCGCGAACUGUGGCCGCUUGUUAAGGCAGUCAAGAUAUAUUGCAAUUCCCCGGCCUUAUCAUCGGGAUCAGUCUUAGUCGACUUACCUGGCACUGCUGACACAAAUCGCGCUCGCGCCAGCAUUGCGACGGCCUACAUGAAGCAAUGCAGCCACACCUGGGUUGUGAUGCCGAUCACACGCGCCAUUGACGAUAAGAAUGCUAAAGACCUAACGAAUGCCGCAUUCCGGAUGCAACUACUGAAUGGGUCAUACGAAGAUGGUCGUAUAACACUGAUCGCAACGAAGACGGACGACAUUUCUCCGUCGGAGGUCCUUGGUGGCAGCAACUUAGAUGAUGACGAAACUGGCCUAAAGGAUAUCGUUGAGACGGAGGGCAAACUCAGGAAGGAACUCUCCGGCAUUGAGACAGAUCUGAGCUUGAACAAAAAGCGGCGCAGAUCUGUCAGAUGCUCUGAAAUUGCAUCGAAGAAAGCUCGUACUGAUACGGCGGAACACCGUACAACGGAACACCAUGAAAUUCGUCAGGACUCUGAUGCGACCACCUCUGUGCCUCAGCCCGGUCAUGGGGAGGAAGGAGGAGGAUCGAAGUGCACAUCUGCGCUCCCAUCAAGCGAAAUCGAUGCGGAAGUUACUCAAGCCGACGAGCAAAUUCGAAACCACAUCAAGCGAGUGGAGCUUCAGAAAGCGAUUCAUGAGUUAGUAAUCAAGAAGCGUGUGCUUUGUGCUCAGAUGCGAUCCAGGGAAAGUGUCAACGUCAUGAAGCGAAAAUUCGUCAAGCAACUGAAGGAUCUGGAAGAUACAGCCGCAGAGGAAAACGACCCAGAUAACUACGACCCAGGCGUUCCCUCAAGAGACUACUCUCGUAUCAACCCGCCCGUUCUGAGCUGCAGUGCAGUUGACUAUCUACGCAUCCAAGCGCAUGUGGUCGGAGACGGGCUCCCAAACACCUUUUUUGACGCAGAGUCUACGGGCAUCCCUACGAUACAAGAGUGGUGUCGCAACCUUGGCAAUGUUCGUCGCAGGGUUGCCUGUCUUGGCCUUUUGGAACGCCUGGAUGCACUAGCCGAGUCGAUUCACUCAUAUGCUCAAGAUAUCAACCUUGAAGAUGUCGCGAAGAGUGACCGCGAGGUUAUGAGGAAACGGUGGCAAUCGGAUUCGACAAGCGGCACAGGGCUUGCGUGUAAACUGAAGGAGGAGCUUCACGAGGUGGCACAGAACAGGUGUCUCAAGCUACAAGACCGUAUUUCUGGAUCCAUGGAACGGAGGUGCCGAGAAGCCGCUCUCAAAGUAAGACAGCAAUCUGGUACGAUCUCAGUAUUUUCAUAUUUUCUGUCAGCACUCCGUCGACAUGGUUCAUGGCGGCAAGACCUCAACGUCAAUCUUACCGUGCCAUUCAUGCGCAAGAUCGCGGUGCACUGGUCGAACACGUUCAACACUCAAUCAGUAGACCUCAUGGAAGAUGUGGCCGGCAUUGUCGGGAAGGCAUUGACAGAGGUUGUGGAAUCCGCAACCCCGCUGUUGAAUGAUCUUGCGCGUGACCGAGCAGAGCAAGGCAAGAAGGAGUUGGAGAAUAUUCUUGACGAAAUAGUGGACAUUGUGCACGAAGUCAUCAGCGACGAACAGAAGGAGGCCAGCCGGUGCCUGGCUCCCCACAUUAUGAGGGUGCUCAAACCCGGGUAUGAAGACGCAGCACAGCAAACCGGGAGGGGCUCAACAGCUCGGCGGAAGGCAUUAUUCAACGAAUACGUGGCCACGCACAAGAACUCCGCCUUUCAUGAUGGAGCGAAUGUACUAUUGACUCGAUUGGGCGGGGUAACUGACGCGGUGAGAGACACUCUAGAGGAGGAAUUCGAUGUAUUGAGUGAGAAGAUGGAGGUUGCGAUGAGUGUCUUGUGGGAUCGCCCUACGAGCGAUGACUCACUCGAGCUGAAAGCAUGCGUGCACGCCACAGCAACUAUGGCAGAGAUUCGAGACCAGAUUCGGCUGUGGCGGCGAGCUGCCAACCCGGUGAACUAGUCAGCUACACUUUGGUCUUACAUUCGUUGUCCAGCUAUAUCAUGGUGUGCAGUUGCCUCCGGAGAACAUUGUCUUGUACUCUGUAUCAUAUCGAUCGCUUUUUCCUUGCUCUUCCAUGGUAUACACGAGUGUAAUGUCAUGAACAUGAUCGUCGUGCCUUCAUAUAAGAGUGUCUCGAGACCCGAA